AUGGCAUCAUCAUCACUCAGCACUGCAUCCAAAAUCCUUAUUGUGGGAGCCGGGACUUGGGGCUGCAGCACCGCCCUCCAUUUGGCUCGGCGAGGCUAUAAACAUGUGACCGUCCUCGAUCCCUAUCCUGUUCCUUCACCCAUAUCCGCUGGCACCGAUCUGAACAAGAUCCUGGAGUUGGGCUCUUUCGCUGGAGACGACGCUGAUGAGCGAUAUGUAUCCAACAAGUUGCUGGAAGCAGCCACUGAAGGAUGGCGCAACGACCCUGUGUUCAAACCCCAUUUCCACGAGACUGGCUGUGUCCUGGCGGCGACGUCGGACGAAGCUCGGAAACACAUGAACACGCGGGAUGGGCCUAGCGAGGCAAGCGGGUGGAUUCCACUGAGGACCAAAGAAGACUUUCAAGCAACCAUGCCCAAAGGUGUUUUGACGGGUGAGUUCCCUGGUUGGCAAGGAUGGUGGAUGCAGAAAGGGGCAGGGUGGGUUCACGCCCGCAAGAGCAUGGAGAGUGCCGCCAGGGAAGCCGUCAGGUUGGGAGUCAAAUUCAUCACUGGCGAGCAGGCAGGCCGGGUAUCGAGUUUGAUCUAUGAGUCCUCUGAUGUCAAGGGCGCCAUCACAGCUGAUGGCACUCGCCAUUACGCAGAUCGGACUAUACUCUGCGCCGGUGCCAGCGCGGCGGCGCUGUUCGACAUGAAGGAUCAACUUCGACCCACAGCCUGGACACUGGCGCACAUCAAGAUGACUCCAGAGGAAGCCAAGCUGUACAAAGACCUGCCUGUGUUAUUCAACAUCGAGCGUGGAUUCUUCAUGGAGCCGGACGAGGAUAAUCAUGAGCUGAAGAUGUGUGAUGAGCACCCGGGCUAUUGCAACUGGGUCUCCGACACUUCUGCUCAGGAUGCUCGUCAGAUCAGCUCUCCAUUUUCCCGGCACCAGAUUCCGCUCGAAAGCGAAGAACGCUGCCGGGCAUUCUUGCGCGAGACCAUGCCUCACCUUGCAGACCGACCUUUCUCUUUUGCACGGAUAUGCUGGUGUGCAGACACUCCCAACCGAGCGUUCCUCAUCUCCAAGCACCCAGAUUACGCUUCCUUGGUGCUGGGUGUGGGUGGUUCUGGACAUGGGUUUUGCCAUAUCCCAGCCAUUGGGGGCUUCAUUGCCGAUGCCAUGGAGGACAAGCUCGACGACAAGCUGAAACAGAGCUUUCGAUGGAGGCCAGAGACGGCCCAGGCCAGGGAUUGGAAAGAUCUGCAGGGUCGGUUUGGUCCGCAGGGCGCCAAUAAGGUUAUGGAUUUUCAGGAAAUCAAGCAAUGGACAAAUAUUGGCGAACAGUUAGGGGAACAAAAUGCCUAG